ACAGUCGACAGCCAAGAUGCUUAGCUUACGCUUGGGAAUAACUCUGUGGUGCAUCUGGCUGGCGGCAGCCACCGAAAACAUCACCACUGGACAGCCGCAGGAUGGCCGCAUUGUGGGUGGCUGGGAGACGAGCAUUGUCCACUUUCCGCAUCAGGUGUCGCUGCAGCUGGGCACGCGGCAUGUUUGCGGUGGCGCCAUCCUCUCACCCACCCACAUCCUGACCGCCGCACACUGUGUGCUGGAGUACAGCAAGCCGCAGUACUAUGCGAUUCGUGCAGGCAGCAGCGAGUGGACCACUGGCGGCAGCUACACGCGGGUCCAACGGAUCGUGCCGCAUCCAAAAUUCCAUGAACCCUCGCGGAUGAACAACGACAUUGCGCUCAUACAGCUGCAGCAGCCACUCGUCUACAGCGGCAACAUUCAACCCAUUGUGCUGGCCACCAGCCAGGACCAGCCUUCCGCUCAGCUCUUUGUCAGCGGCUGGGGCAGCCAAGCGAUCUCCCAGCUGCAGCCGGAAAAGCGUCUGCGCUACACGGUCGUCCAUCAGCGCGACCAAGCGCAGUGUGCCAGGAACUACUUUGGCGCCGGCACCGUGACCAGCAGCAUGUUCUGCGCGGGCACACCACAGGGCGGACGCGACAGCUGCCAGGGAGAUUCGGGUGGACCGCUGGUCACCAGCCUCAAGGGACGCAUGCGUCUGUACGGCAUAGUGUCCUGGGGCCUGGGCUGUGCGCAUGCCAUGUUCCCGGGCGUCUACACAAGAGUCGCGGAGUACAACGAUUGGAUUGAGCAGACAAUGAAUGAGUUGGCUUAGCGAUUUGUAAAUUAAUUAAGUUCUAAAAUAGUUCCUACUACGCUCAAAGAUGUCCCUCUAGUAUCGAUUUCUAAGCUGCAAUAAUCUCUUCAAUG